GAUGGUGUUUUCAAUAAUUUAUCCGCAAAACCAGAUACUCAACCAAUAGUGGACUCAGAUAAACCUCCAACUUAUGAAGAAGCUGCAGCUGAUGCAACUCCUCCAUACUGGGAAACUUCAGUGAUGGCUUCAGGUUUCGCAGAUGAAGUGUUUGUCGAUGGAUUACCUGUUGGUAACAUUGUUAAUUUCAUGUGGAAUUUAAUGGUUUCUUCAUCUUUCCAAUUUGUUGGGUUUUUAUUAACUUAUAUUUUACAUACUUCACAUGCUGCCAAGCAAGGCUCAAGGGCAGGUUUGGGUAUAACUUUCAUCAGUUAUGGGUAUUAUAUGAUUCCUUAUGGUACUUCUACUGUUCAUGAAAAUAAAGAGACAAAUAAAUUGGAACCAAAUAAUCCAAAUGAUUACCAAACUGUGACAACAGAUUCUGAUAUAACUGGAACUGUGGAUAACUUCCAUAGUAGUUUAAGUGCAGGUGUUGAAAAAGCUACAGAGGUGAAGACUAGUUCACAUGCUUCAUUUAUUGCUUAUGUUGUCAUUGGGUUUGGUGUUUUCAUUUUCAUUAAGGCAUUAAUUAAUUAUCAUAGAGCUAAACAAAUGGAAAAAGUUAUUUUGCAACCACCAAGUAAUAUGCCU